AUGAGCGAUGAAGAGAUGGGCAAGAAGGACGACGACCACGUGCCGUCGGCCGUCAACGUCGGUUUGCGCAAGCCCAACUGGCAUCCCGCGCGCGCGCCGCAGCGGAGGGGCGUCAAGCGCAUUGCUCUUGCGCUGCUGGCCCUCGGCCUCGUCUACCUCUUUAUCCACAACAUUCCCACCGACCUGGGCCCGCGAAAUGCCGGCCGCCCAAUGUACACCGACCGGCGACCUCACUCCGCGACAACAAAAGGCGAUGCGCAGUCCGGCAUCUAUGGCGACGAUGCGAGCGCGGUAGCGCACACGUACACGGGCCCGCCCAGGUUCCUCGAGCUCGCGGCGUCCCUCCAUGCGAUUUCUACUACAAGAGGCGGCAUGCUGUUGAAUAAGAACAUCCUCUUUGCGACGUCAAGUCUGAAGAGCGCCGCCGCGCUGCUACCUGUCGCUUGCCAGAUGGGCAGAGAGUCGAGAAAUUAUGUGCAUUUUGCGCUCAUGAGCCGCAGUCAGAUCAGCAUCGAAGAACUGAAGAGUAUAAACGGCAUGGACGAGAGUUGCCAGAUCAUAUUUCAUGAUGCCCGAACAGACAAAGCCGCCAUCAUGACGGACGAGCGCAUGGAAUACAGCACAUUCCGUGCCUUACACCAUAUCCAUAUGUACAUGCACCCGCAAGCUAUUAUUGUGGAUGGAUCUGGGUCAGAGAACUGGUUCUUCACCAAAGGGGCCGCUGCACAUGUUAAAGCCACCGGGAACACGCUGAUUGAGCUGCCGCAUUCCGCUCAGAAACUUCUCUGGAUUACCAAGUUAGAUAGCCGGUCACUGCGUGCAUGGAACGACAACCAUGUCGAUAUUCUGAUCCAAGCUACACCAGGGGCUUCGGGGAGCCUCAUUAGGCUGCUAAGGUCCCUGAGCUCAGCCGAUUUCUCGUCAUGUUCUAUUCCCCACCUCACAAUUGAGUUGCCACACGACAUUGAUCCUCCUACGAAGCAGUAUCUGGAGACUUUUCAGUGGCCGCCAGCUCAUAUACCUAAUCCGACAAGUGCGAAAUAUGUGACUUUGAGACAUCGCAUACCCCGUCGGGGUCUGACCGAGGAGGAGAGCUCAGUGGAGGUCGCGCCGAACUUCUUUCACUACAUCAAAUACACGCUCUUGGAGUACAGGUACUCUGAAGCAUCACAUAUUCAGCACUGGGAUGCUCGACUGUUUGGUAUCAGUCUCGAACAACCUUUGCAGCACCUAAGCGGCAAGGCCAGAUUUAGCCCUCCAUUAUCGCUUCAUGAGGCUACCGAAACCGAAGUUGCCUCGUCGUUCUUGUGGCAGGCGCCGACCAGCAAUGCAAUGCUCUUCAUGGGUGAGAAGUGGGCGGAAAUGCAUGACCUGGUGUCUCGCUCGCUUGAGAUACAGCAAGGCUCCAGUGACGUACCGGCGCUUCUGGCGAAGAAGGAAAUCAGUAGGGAGCACCCGUCUUGGCUGGAACAUGCCUUACGGUUGUCGAGGCUGCGAGGAUAUUGGACGUUGUAUCCCGGGGAAGACACAGCUAAGAGCCUUGCAACAGUUCACACUGAUCUGCGCCAUAGCCCAGAGGAAUAUUCCAAAUCGGCAGAUGAGGUGACGUUGACCGAUGAAUCGAGCGAUAAAGACUUUGAGGAUGCGCUCAAGCGAUUGAAGGCUGGACCGGAAUCCAAUUUGGAACUCCACUCCUCGUUGCAAAGCUUGGUGGAAGCCGGUUCUCUCCGUCCCUUUGGCAACCUGCCCCUCCUGACAUGGGAUGGUCGUAAGACGGAUCUUGAGCAACUGGACUCGCUUGCUGCCGAUUAUGCCAUUGAGUUCAUAACGCAAGUCGGCAAGUGUGAAGAUGAGACCAGGAGCAAGAGAGUCGAGCUGUCCGUACAAGAUCUCUUCUGCACGACAAGCGUGUAA